GAUAUUGAUCCUACAAUGGGGCAUAGCAGAAAACUGAAAAAUUACUUUUCUCUAAUUCAAUGAUCUACUAAUUAGUCAAAUAUAAAAACAAAAUCUUUGAUAAUUAUUUUUAUAUUAGCCUUGGUUAAGUUAAAUAUGGCAAGCAAAACUGUUAAAAAUAAGUUACUUUGGACAAGAGUUGUGUGGGAAGAAAAAGUUGGUUCACAAUUUGAAGAUGUAAUUCCAGCCCAUUGGGUAAAUGAAAAUAAGUGCGUGGUAUUUUGGUCGUCAACUAUGUCAGCCCAAAGAGCCAUUUUGGAACAAAUUAGCGUUGACAAAACAUGGAGAAAGUUUAAAUGGAUUAAAACUAAAAUUGUGGAUGAAGAUAAACAGCUAUGUCUUGAUUAUAAUUUUACUUCUGGAGCAGAGCAAUGUAGCUCAGAGGAGGAAAUUGGUUUGGAAAAUGCUGCAGGAAUCAUUACUAGUGUCGAACCCGAACUUCCUAAACCGCCAAUAAUCACUUUCAAGGAAAAUAAAAAAUCUCACGUUGUAGAUUUUCAUACCAAUCAUACAGAGUCUAGAGUAUCAGUAAAAACAAAAAGACAUACAAGUCCCUUUGAAUUUACAACAGGAACGUCAAUUAAAAGAUCUAAAAAUGAAGCAAAAGACUUGCCAAUUGCUAAGGAAGAAAUUAUUAACUUUGUGGCUUCAAAAGACAACAAAGAUGAAUUUUCUAUGUCUGAAGAAAAAUAUCGAAAGCAAUCCCUAAAGUUGUUAAUAGAAAUUAGAGAUGGGAUUAACCGAUUAUUAAACACACCGAGUGUCAGUGGAGCUAUCAAUAUAGUUAAAGUUAAUGACAUUUCAGAACUAUAUGCUGCAAAUGAUGAAUUGAAAGAUGCAGCAGUAAGGAGAAAUGCUAUAGAAAUGUUAAAAUGUGUAGGGGGAAAUGAUUGUGGCGAAAUGGUGCGCAAUAUUUUAGACAGGUUAUUUAGCAUUUCUGUAAUGUCGAAAAUGAACAUGAAAGGGUCAUCUAGACAAGGGGAAGCAAAGAUAGCAUUUAAGAAUUUAGAAUUCUUUAGUUUGAUUCAAGAGGUAGUCACCAGGCAAUUCAAUAACGUUUCAACAAAAGCACUUACAGCAGCUAUAGGAAAUAAGCUAAAAAAUGCCCCUGGACAACUAAAACGCGACCAAGCAUCAAGUUGAAAAUGUUGUAUUGUGAUUGAAUUAAAUAUUGAUUUGAUAUA